UAGGCUGCUGCCCCGAUGCGCUGCUCUCGAAGCCGGGACCCAGUAGUCGCCAGAGCAGUUGGGAUACCCGGCCGGCUUCCGCCGCCGCUGCCCACACCCCUCGAGGACCCCAUUGGCCGCAUGGAGUCUCCGGAGAGCGCUGGUCUGGGAGAGAUUGUUAAAGAAGUCAAGGUACCACAGGCUGCCCUGAGUGUUUCAGCUCAUGAGACAGGGGACACUUGCCACACACCUGUGACAGAGGGAGAGGAAGUUGGCAUCCCAAUACCAGCACCAGGAUUCCUGCAGGUUACGGAGAGGAGGCAGCCUCUGAGCAGUGUCUCCUCUCUGGAGGUCCACUUUGAUCUCCUGGACCUCACGGAGCUGACUGACAUGUCUGACCAGGAGCUGGCCGAAGUCUUUGCAGACUCCGACGACGAGAACCUUGCCACUGAAUCCCCAGCAGGUCUGCACCCACUAUCUCGAGCUGGCUGCCUACGCUCCCCCUCCUGGACAAAAGCAAGGGCGGAGCAGAACCGUGAGAAACAGCCCCCAAGUGACCCAGAACGGAAAGGCACAGUUGUGGACUCUUUCCUCACUGUGGAGGGGCCCGAGGAAGAUUAGCCCAACUCCAUCUGUUCCAGAGUUGCUGAAGGGCUGGGCCAGACCACCAUGAUGGCAAAUCAGGACAGUACUGACGCAAAAGAAGCACUCUGUCAACUCCAAGUCAAAGUCUGGGUGCCAGGCACAGGCCUCUGGGCACCCCAGCACAAGCACAGCCCAGUGGCCUUAGGUCCAGCUGGUUCCUGGACCCUGAAUCAGGGAUGACAGACACUGUAUGAAAUCUCUGCCUUGGGAUGAGAAGGAAUGGAGUGGAUAAUGGUGGCCUCCAUCUUCUAAAAACUUAUCUCUAAGACAAGACUAUUUCUAGUGAGAUUCCAAGUAGGUUCAAGGUAUGGAGAUCGAAGCCCAUGAGAGCUGCCCAGGAACCUGGAGGGGUGUAUAUCCAACCUCAGUUAGUGAGCUCAUAAGCCCAAAGUAGAUUCAGUGGUCAGUCAUGGGCUGGCUCUGCUGUCCAGCCAAGCGAUGGGGACAGGUUACUUUCCUAAAACUUCCACCUUGACUUAAAAUGUGCACCCUUCCUCUGUCUUGGGCAGGUACCACUGUUUCCAGUCUCCUCCCCAGGCUUGCUUCUCUUUGUCUGUGGAUGUGACAGCUCAAAGGUUGAGAAAUCACCCCAUGUCUUCUUUACUUCAGAACACCAAACCUCAGUGACAACUCCCAGAUUGCUCGGAGGGACAGAGUACCAUGUCUCCAUUCCUGUCAUAAGGGCAUAUACUGUACCAUAUCCCAUUGCUUAGCUCAACCACCCACAUAGCCUGUCAAAUGCUCAGUGGGAGGCUGACACUGUGGAUCUGUCUCGGGAGCAGUUCAGGGGAGGCAGGGCCAAUCUAGCCACCCACUCUGCUGUGAGAUGUUAGACUCUCAGUUUAGACACGCUCAACACUACUUUCAUGUGCUCAAAGACAAAACAGACUGCUGCUCUGACCAUGAAUCAAAGACUGGUCUUAAAAUAAAGGUUUACUUGCUUUUUGUCCCCAGGCAAA